CCAAUUGAUUGCUCCACUACUCUUUUCUUCCAUCCAUGAACAACACCCCACCAAAGCCAUUACUUUUCACCACUACCAAUCUUCUUCUUCUUCAACAGUUUUUUUCCGUACGUGCGGUUGUAGCCCGCCCUGUGGCCAUGGACCCUCACCAUGAAAUUCAUCCUCAAGGUCUAACCGCCGAAGAACACGUCGAGCUCCAACCGGUAAUCAGCACCUACCACAAAUUCCAGCCAUCUCCCAACACAUGCACGUCUCUAAUAGCGCAACGGAUCGACGCUCCGGCUCAUGCCGUAUGGCCUUUCGUCCGAAGCUUCGAAAACCCUCAGAAAUACAAGCAUUUCAUCAAAACUUGCAAUAUGAAAGGCGACGGCGGGAUUGGAAGCAUAAGAGAGGUCACCGUCAUUUCGGGGCUCCCGGCGUCGACGAGCACCGAGAGGCUGGAGAUUUUGGACGACGAGAAGCAUAUAUUGAGCUUUAGGGUUGUCGGGGGCGAGCACCGGCUCAAUAACUACCGGUCGGUUACGUCGAUAAAUGAGUUUAACAAGGAAGGGAAGGUUUACACCGUUGUCUUAGAGUCUUACGUUGUUGAUAUACCGGACGGGAAUACCGGUGAGGAUACGAAGAUGUUUGUGGACACUGUGGUGAAGUUGAACCUUCAGAAGCUCGGCGUCGUCACCAUGGCUUCGCUGCAUGGACAUGAAUGAUGUGGCGGCGGCGGUGUUGGUCGUCAUCAGUAUGGUUCUUGCAAGUUGGAUUUUAUUUCUUUUUGUUUUAUGGGUAGGCAGUUUGGAUUGAUUUGUAUAUUAAUUUGGUUUUGUUGGGUGAAUUAUUAUUCAGUUAUAUUAUCCGGAAA